AUGCGGAGUUUGCAUCUGUCAGUUGCUUUAAAUCAUGGACACCUCCACAAACCUAAACCUGGUGAAGAAUUACAUAUCACGUUUAUCACCAAAGACGGCGAACAACACACAUUUGAGGUGGCAGAGGGAGACAAUAUCUUAGAUAUUGCUCAAAAUUAUAACUUAGAUAUGGAAGGUGCCUGUGGUGGUUCUUGUGCAUGUCUGACAUGCCAUGUCAUCGUUGAUCCCGAGUUCUAUGAUGAAAUACCUGAACCCGAUGAUGAUGAGAAUGAUAUGUUGGAUUUGGCUUUUGGUUUGACUGAAACUUCAAGACUUGGUUGUCAAGUCAAGAUGACCAAAGAAUUGGAUGGCAUAAGAGUGGCUUUACCUGCUAUGACCCGUAACUUGCAAAAGGGUGAUUUCCAAUAA